CUGCCCGCCGCCCCGGCCCCUUCCCCCGCCGGGGCCCCUCGGCCCGACCAUGGCCACCAGGAAGGCGGGCUCGCGGCUAGAGACGGAGAUCGAGCGGUGCCGCUCCGAGUGCCAGUGGGAGCGGAUUCCCGAGCUCGUCAAGCAGCUCUCGGCCAAGCUCAUCGCGAACGAUGACAUGGCAGAGCUUCUUCUUGGGGAAUCCAAACUAGAACAAUAUUUGAAGGAAAAUACUCUUAAACACAGUAACAGUCCGCGGGGCCCCCAGCCAAAGCUGACUGAGGUCAGGAAACAUCUCACGGCAGCACUUGAUAGGGGGAAUCUCAAGCCAGAAUUCCUACAAGAAGCCAACCUAAUAAUGGCCAAAUUAAACUAUGUGGAAGGUGAUUACAAAGAAGCUCUGAACACAUAUGCUCGAGUUGGUGUUGAUGACUUGCAGCUGACUGCAGUGGCACCGUAUCGGCUACGGAUGAUUGCUGAAGCGUAUUCUACAAAGGGUCUCUGUCUUGAGAAGUUGCCAAUAUCUUCCUCAGCAAGCAAUCUCCAUGUGGACCGAGAACAAGAAAUUGUCACAUGCUAUGAGAAGGCUGGGGAUAUUGCUCUCCUGUACCUUCAGGAGAUAGAAAGGGUAAUUAAUGCCAAUAUACAAAACAGAAGCCCUAAGCCAGGGCCCACUGCACACGAGCAAGAGCUUGGUUUUUUCCUGGAAACAGGACUUCAGAGAGCACAUGUUCUAUAUUUCAAGAAUGGGAACUUGACAAGAGGAGUUGGUAGAUUUAGAGAGUUACUAAGAGCUGUCGAAACAAGAACUACACAAAACCUGCGAAUGACAAUAGCAAGACAACUUGCAGAAAUUUUGUUACGAGGUAUGUGUGAACAGAGUUACUGGAAUCCCCUGGAAGAUCCUCCUCACCAAUCACCCCUUGAUGAUCCACUGCGAAAAGGUUCCAAUAUGAAGAAUUAUGCACUCAGUAGGAGACCACGGGUAUACACUGGAGAGAACAUCUUCUGUCCUCAAGAAAAUACAGAAGAAGCCUUACUGUUGCUGCUUAUUAGUGAAUCUAUGGCUAACCGUGAUGCUGUACUGAGCAGAAUACCAGAGCACAAGAAUGAUCGCAUCAUCAGUUUGCAAAGUGCAUCUGUAGUCUAUGAUUUACUUACAAUAGCCUUGGGAAGAAGAGGCCAGUAUGAAAUGCUUUCAGAGUGUUUAGAAAGAGCCAUGAAGUUUGCAUUUGAAGAGUUCCAUCUCUGGUAUCAGUUUGCAUUGUCCUUGAUGGCAGCAGGAAAAUCUGCUCGAGCUGUUAAAGUCUUGAAGGAAUGUAUACGUUUGAAACCAGAUGAUGCAACAAUUCCACUCCUUGCUGCAAAGCUCUGCAUGGGAUCUCUGCACUGGUUGGAAGAAGCUGAAAGGUUUGCCACAGCAGUUGUUGAUCUCGGGGACAAAACAUCAGAGUUCAAAGCUAAAGGCUACUUGGCACUGGGAUUGACUUACAGUCUGCAGGCUACUGAUGCGUCUUUGCGAGGGAUGCAAGAGGUCUUGCAGAGAAAGGCUCUUCUUGCAUUUCAGAGGGCCCACAGUUUGUCUCCAACAGAUCAUUUGGCAGCAUUCUACUUGGCACUGCAGCUUGCCAUUUCCAGACAGAUACCAGAAGCUUUGGGUUAUGUUCGUCAGGCUCUGCAGCUACAAGGAGAUGAUGCCAACUCUCUUCAUCUCCUUGCACUCUUGCUAUCAGCCCAGAAACAUUAUCAUGAUGCUUUGAAUAUCAUUGAUAUGGCCUUGAGUGAAUAUCCAGAAAAUUUUAUAUUGCUGUUUACAAAAGUCAAAUUGGAAUCCCUAUGCAGAGGCCCAGAUGAAGCACUCCUUACCUGUAAACACAUGCUCCAGAUUUGGAAAUCCUGCUACAAUCUAACUAACCCAAGUGAUUCUGGACGUGGGAGCAGCUUGUUAGACAGAGCUAUUGCUGACAGACGACAGCUCAAUACAAUUACAUUCCCAGAUUUCAGUGAUCCUGAUACAGGUUCAGUCCAUGCCACAUCAAUAGCAGCUUCCAGAGUGGAGCAAGCAUUGUCUGAGGUUGCCUCUUCCCUGCAAAGCAGUGCCCCUAAACAAGGUCCCUUGCAUCCUUGGAUGACUCUGGCUCAAAUAUGGCUACAUGCAGCUGAAGUCUACAUAGGAAUUGGGAAGCCUGCUGAGGCUACAGCAUGUACCCAGGAAGCAGCUAAUCUCUUUCCAAUGUCACAUUAUGUUCUCUACAUGAGGGGUCAGGUGGCUGAACUGCGUGGAAACAUUGAUGAAGCCAAACGCUGGUAUGAAGAGGCCUUAUCCAUUAGUCCUACCCAUGUGAAAAGCAUGCAGAGGCUGGCUCUGAUCCUUCACCAGCUUGGGCGCUACAGCUUGGCAGAGAAGAUUCUCAGAGAUGCUGUGCAGGUGAACUCCACAGCCCACGAGGUGUGGAACAGCCUGGGAGAGGUGCUGCAGGCCCAGGGCAAUGACGAUGCCGCCACCGAAUGCUUCCUGACGGCGCUGGAGCUCGAGGCCAGCAGCCCCGUGGUCCCUUUCACCAUCAUCCCCAGGGUCCUGUGAGAGGGCCUCUCCAUCAACAGAUUUUUGGUCUUGACUUCUGGGUGAGCAAACCCACUGUGUGAGACUGCCUGGUAACUGGUUAGUUGGAGAAACUUCAGAGCUACAGGUAACAAACUCCACUCUUUUGUGGGAAAGUGGCCAAAGCAGGGAGGUGCCACCAUAUGUUGAUGUCAGGCUGAGAGGACAGAGUGGUGAGCCAGAGCCAAAUCACUCUUAUUGCCUGCAGUUUUGCCCUGGUAGUUUUAAAACAUCGUUAUAUUGUUCAUGGAUGAUGUGCCAUAUUUUGUUAGUGAAACUUGAGUGUUACAUAAAAUUAUAAUGGAAUCAACUACCAAUUGUAGAAUAAGUUAAGAUUCAGUGGCAGAGCAGACUAUUUUUAACAAGGCUGUUAAUAAAACUGUUCUCUUCUUGCCUCUCAACCUCUUUUGGCCCAAAGUCAAAAUGUGAAUUUUCUGUUUCCAUCUCUAUUUUAGUCCAGGCCAGAAAAUCAGUUGAGUUCUUGUUUUUAGUUGUUAAUAACUGUGAUGUGUGGCUAACUGUUAUCUAGAGCAAAAGCUGAGUACAAGAAUAUUUAUAUUUUACCAAUGUAUGCCUGUUACAAAAAAAAUAUAUUAGUUAUUUAAGUUUAACUUUUUUAUGUGAAUUCAGAGUUUAUUUAUCAAUGGAAAUAUGUAAAAAGAAGCCUCAAAUGGAAUAUUUACCGACAUUCCUUAUACAUGAACCCAGACUUGGCUUAAUGGGAAGAUUAUGUUAAUAAUAAAAUGAUUUUUAAAUGGAA